AUGUCGCAUCAAUAUCCUCCUAACCAACCUCCUUACCCUCCUUACGGUGGCUCUUCUCAGGGUCCUCCCAUGCAUCCGGGACAACAACCCUUUGGAGGACCACCAGGAGCAGCUCCCUACCCACCCUACCCUCAGCAGGGCCACCCAAACCCCGCCUUUCAAAACCCUCUGUAUCCCAAUGCCGGCGGUCCUCCUCAGCAAUUCGGCCAGCCUCCCAACUUCCCCCCACAAGGUCACUCUCCUUACGGUGGCCCACCUCAGCCUCCUUACCCCGGAUAUCAGGGCGGUCAUGGAUUCCCUCCCGGUCCUCCGCAUGGUCCGCCUCAAGGCUACCCUCAGGGUCACCAUCAGGGUCAUCAUCACGGGGCGCCACCUAUGUCAGGUCCCCAGGGACAGCAACCCUACCCGUCUCCGUCGUUCCCACAACAAGCUCAGUUCCCCAGCCAGCCCGCUAUUCCGUCGCUCGGGUACACGCCCGGUCAGGUCGCUCCCGGCGAGUUCCGUCCUCAGGCAGACGCCCUCCGGAAGUCGAUGAAAGGAUUCGGCACCGAUGAGAAGGCGUUGAUUGCUACGAUCAGCAAAUUGGAUCCUCUGCAGAUGGCAGCCGUCCGCAAGACCUACACCGAGCAUAUUCGUCGCGAUCUCUACAAGGACGUAAAGUCCGAAACAAGCGGAUACUUUCGUCAGGGCCUGUUGGCUGUUAUUGACGGUCCCCUGGCUCACGACGUCGCUUGUGCCCGGGAUGCAGUGGAAGGAAUGGGCACGAAGGAAUGGUUGCUCAACGACAUCCUGCUUGGCCGAUCGAACGCCGAUCUCCAGGCCAUCAUGUCCGCGUACCAGCGCACCUACAAUCGCUCUCUACAGAAAGACGUGGAAAGCGACCUCUCCUUCCAGACCCAGGGGCUGUUCAAGACCGUCUUCCGUUGCCAACGCCACGAAGAAUCCAUGCCUCUUGACCCGCGCAUGAUUGAGGAAGAGGCCAAGUCUAUCCAUUCCGCGACCGCCGCCCGAAUGACCAACAACGUUGAGGAGGUCUGCGGCAUCUUCGCUCGCUCGUCGAACGAGGAGCUCCGCGCCAUCCACCAGGUCUACGGCCAGCGUUACAACACGCCUUUGGAGAAGCACGUCGAGAAGGAAUUCUCCGGCCACAUAAAAGACGCUCUCCUGCAUAUUCUGCGGGGCGCGCUGGACCCAGCCAUGCGUGAUGCGGUCGCGCUGGAAGACUGCAUGGAGGGAAUGGGUACCAAGGACGAGAAACUGGUGGUGCGUGCCGUGCGCGUGCAUUGGAACCGGGCGCAUCUGGAUCAGGUCCGACGAUCUUAUCAUCAUAAAUUCCAGAAGGCUUUGGUGGACCGGGUCAGGGGCGAGACCAGUGGGGAUUACCAGCGAUUGAUGGUGGCUCUGGUGGAGUGA